AUGCUCGGCCCUGCGCUCUACAGCUCCGUGUCUGGCUCCGCUCUGUGGCAGAAGAACCGCCAGGCCGGGGCCUUCCACCCUCUCAUGCUUAGCGGUCCCCAUGCGUACAGACCGCUGGCCCUCAGCGCCAAAUCUGAGCACAAACCCGAGAGGGCUGGCGUGAAGCUGCUUGUCGGUGCCGGCGUGUGCCUCGCGUACGAGUUCGCGCUGGGUCACUACCUGGAGUUCAUCAAGAUCAUGAAGCAGACCAGGCCACAGUUUUCGUACGUGCAUCUGACCAAGGAGAUCAUGCACGCCAAGGGCGUCGUGGGUGUUUGGGACGGGUUCUUCCCAUGGGGAGCCCUGCAGGGAGUGGCCAAGGGAUCUGUCUUCGCUUGGGGUCACUCCGUCGCCCGCACGUCACUCAACCCUAUGGUCAAGACGGACAAGAUCAGCAAAGGCACAGCCGAGGUCAUUGCCGGUGGUAUCGGUGGUGGCUUCCAGGGCUUUGUGCUCAGCCCAACGCUGCUGCUCAAGACACGCGUCAUGACGGAUCCCAUUUUCCGUGAGCAAAUGACGCCGCUCGAGACUAUGUCGCGCUCCAUGCGUAUUGGUCUCAAGGUUAUACAAAAGGAAGGCGUCGCUGCGCUUAUGAAGGGCUCCGGCAUGUUUUCGGUGAAGCGUGUUGCUGACUGGUCCUCGCGCUUUUUCUUCUCCGUCCAAGCCGAGAACAUCGUAUACAAGCGCAACGACCCGGACCGUGUGCUCACGACGAGCGAGCAGGUGUUCUCGUCGCUGAUUGGCGGUGUGUUCAGCGCAGCGUUGACGUUGCCCAUGGACGUGUUAGUGGCACAGAUCCAGCAGGCAUCCAAGGCUGGCGUCAAGGUGCCGGUGGUGGAAUUAUUCCGACAACAAUACCGUGCCGGUGGUCUGAACCAGGUGCUUGCCUUUGGCACCACGGGGUUCUUGGCGCGUCUUCUGCACGCCAGUUUUACGACAAUGAUCAUGAAGACGGCGACGAGCGUGGUGUACGACAUGGUGGAGGGCCGGAAUUAG